ACCUUGACCUUGAUUAUUCUGGAUAUCACAAAAACCUCAUCCAAUAAUUGUUUAUAACUGGAAAGCGCAGACGGCUGCAGUCUCUUUUUACCGAUUACUGCGAUCCAAAAUUUAUGAAAACCGCACACCGCUAAGUCUUAUAAAACCGCAAUACCGCAGGUUAAAAUAAGGAUUUCCGUAAAACCGCAUUAAAAAUAACACAAAACUGCAUCACCGCAAACCCUUACACCCCCCUCCUACAACAUAUGCAGACCACUUGGUCAAAGUAAGACUCUCAAUUUAAGAUGAAAGAUGUAAGUGUAUGCUUCUUUUUUUUUCCUAUUUCUAGCACUCUGAGCCCACAACACAGCUUAGAGUGGCUGGUGUUAUGGAUGACACAGCAGAAAAGACAAUAAAUGCAGUGUCCAAAUCAGCUGAUGAAGAGUUUUCUAUGGAAAUUUUUAAGGAUGCUGUCAGGGAAGUCAAAGAUUUCUUGGGUGGAAAGCCUUUUGAAGAUUACCAACAAAGUAUGUACUUCUCCAGGUAUCUUCAGUGGAAGUGGCUUGAAAGACAGCCUGUCACAAAGAAGACAUUCCGUCACUACAGAGUGUUAGGGAAAGGUGGAUUUGGAGAGGUCUGUGCAUGUCAAAGCAAGAUCAGUGGGAAAAUGUAUGCAAUGAAAAAGCUAGAGAAGAAGCGGAUAAAGAGAAGGAAAGGAGAGGCCAUGGCAUUAAAUGAGAAACAGCUCUUAGAAAAAAUUGACAGCAGAUUUGUGGUCAGUCUAGCAUACGCUUAUGAAACCAAAGAUGCCCUCUGUAUGGUUUUAACUCUAAUGAAUGGUGGAGAUCUUAAGUUCCAUGUCCACAACAUGGGAAAUCCUGGUUUUGAAGAAGAAAGAGCUGUAUUUUAUGCUGCAGAAGUCAUGUUAGGAUUAAUUCAUUUACAUUCAAAGAGAAUAGUCUACAGAGAUAUGAAACCAGAAAAUCUCCUUUUAGAUGAUUAUGGUCAUGUCAGAAUCUCAGAUCUUGGUUUAGCUGUUCAAAUAAAGAAUGGAGAGACGAUACGAGGGAGAGUAGGAACAAUAGGUUACAUGGCUCCAGAGGUUGUUAAAAAUGAACGCUACACAUUUUCGCCAGACUGGUGGGGACUAGGUUGUCUCAUAUAUGAGAUGAUUCAAGGAAAGUCUCCAUUCAGAGCAAGAAAAGAGAAGGUGAAGAGAGAUGAGGUGGAGCGGAGAGUGAAGGAAGAUCAGGAGGUGUACUCGGACAAAUUCAGUUCAUCUGCGAGACUAAUAUGUAGUCAGGCUCUUCAAAAGGAAGUAAAUAACAGACUAGGUUGCAGCGAUGCAGGUGGAGAGGACGUAAAGAAACAUAUUUUCUUUAGAAAUAUUAACUGGCCUCAGCUGGAAGCUGGAAUGUUCAAACCUCCAUUUGUACCUGAUCCCAGAGCAGUCUACUGCAAAGAUGUGUUAGACAUUGAACAGUUCUCUUCUGUGAAGGGGGUUCGCUUGGAUGAAAGCGAUGAAGAAUUUUAUAGGAAAUUUUCAAGUGGAUCAGUUUCAAUUCCUUGGCAAAGUGAGAUGAUUGAGAUGGAGUGUUUUGCAGAACUCAACGUAUUUGGUGAAAAUGGUACACCUUCACUUGAUCUCGUAGGAGAUGUGCCGUGGCCAGAACCUCCUAAGAAGCGAGGAAUGGCUUGUUGUUCAGGAGAAGAUGAUGACCUUUAACAAUAAAUUUAAAAAAACAGACUUUGUACAAAAAAAAAGGUUAUAAAAAUAUUAUUUCUAAAUUUACUCAGACAAAAUAGUAAAGUGUAUUCACUAGCUAGUCGUUUUGAUGUACAGAGAAAUAAUGUGCACCUCCAUGGGGGGCUUAUAAAGAAACAAAGUUUGAAUAUUGUAGUGGUGCACAAAACAGUUGUUUUGGUGAUUGCGGAAAAUGUACUACAGUACAAAGUGGAUAAUUAUUGACUUUUUUAAAACCUUUUUUAUCCCUUCUGAUUAUUGCCCAAGGAAUGCCACCACUAUUAUAAUUAGGCUGCAGUCUGCAAAAUUCAACCAUGGCUCAUUGUGGUUACUGAAUUUGAAUCUGGAUUGAAACUUGCCCUUCUAAUUUUACAGCUUUUUAUAAUUAUUUAUGACAUAAAUUGGUUUUAAUCAUCACAUUUUGGGGGUUAUUCACGACCAAGCAAACACAUUCUUCAAAAUGGAAUAGUUCUCUAUCCAUCAGGUAAAAUUAUUGCCUUGUUCAGCUAAUGCAGACACCAAUAACACUGAUUGAUGUUAAUCGUUGGAUAAGGAUUUGACAUCAGAGAUGUUUGCUAGCCAUUGUUCUAUUUGGCUUGUUUGUGUGGGCGAUUACGUGUAAAUGAUGACAAUACCCUGCAAAUUGUAGAAGACUUCUAUACAUUUAGUGUUAAAAUGGUAAAAACUGAAUAGCUGUGUCCUGUUGUUAAGGAGUUUGUGUCCUCAAAAAACAGCUGUUGCUCAAAAUAUCCUUCAAUUUCAUGUUAUUCACUAGACUUUGAACAGUCCUCGUCAUUUUCCUCAGCUUUAGUGCAGUCUUAUAGAAAAUUAUUUUGAGCCCUGGAUCUGAGAGAAAAAAGACUUGCUGCUUGCAGUCUAGUGUUAACAGAGUAGUCAAUUUCAUAAGGUUGGCCACCUCACAACAUUGAUUUUAAGGCAAAAAACACAGUGGUGAUUACCAAUUAAUGAGGUGGCUUUACCUUUAGGUGGGAUCCUACUGUACUGCUUUAACCCUAUAUUGUAAGAAACUCAUGCUACCUUUUACAACUUGCCAAUAUCACAGACAUUCAGUAAUAGUUAAUUCAAAGGGGUUUAGCCUCAUUCAUGUAAUUACCAUUAGGAAAAUACCUUGCAAACAGAGCCACAAACAAACCUGUUUAAUGGUCACACACCCAAAAGUGAGAAAAUACUCUCAUUUCUGUACAGGUGCUUUUCUGAAUUGAGGCUCUGCUCGUAAGGCAAUAGCAUAUAAAGCUGCAGGGACUUAGGUGUAUAAAAUGUAAUAUGCUAGAUAGUGACAACAUUAUGGGGUAAACAUAUUGUCCAUUGCCAUUAUUUUCUCUAUCAGUAACGGAAGUAUUUAAAUUAAUAGUUAUAAUUGCACCUAGCUACUUGACUAAAGGGUUAAAGUAGUCAUAAGUAAGAAUAUGCUAAACAGCCACAAUGUUGUAUAAACAUUGGUUUGUUCAUGAACAAGCCAAGUCUAUUUUACAAUGAAAUGUGCUAGAUAGUGGCCACAUUUGCUGUAGAAAUUUUGAGCAGUCAUUAACUCAUGGUUUACUUUGAUUUGCUUUGUGAAUAGCAAUCUUUUUAUCACCAAGAUAAAUUUUUCCUUUGAUGUUUCUCAGUGAGUGUGAACUCCGUUGUCUAGACUGCUAAGACCACUUUGUGUUUGGAACAUGAACUCAGUGUGUGUUUUCUGCAAUAAACUAUUCAUAACAUUGAGUGAGUUUCAUCAGCAUUCUGCAACAGAACUGCAGUCUAAAUUUAUUAAUCAAGAGGUGUCCAAUAUAAAAUGUACAGUUCAACGAAAAAUGUUUUAUGUACAGUUUUAUUUUUGUAAACUCCAGUUACAUGUAUGUAGUGUUUAUAAUUUCCCUGUAGUUGUGUAUUUUUGUUGUUCUUGAUUAAGUAGUGGUAGCACCCUUUUAUAGAGUCUGAUUUGCUGUCAGUAACAUGUUAUAUUGUGCUGAACCCUUGCCACACAAUAAAAUUAUCACAAAUGAACUCUGA